CUGACACUGAAAACACCAUGAUUCAGAAGAAUAUUAAAUUUAUUUUUUUUCUGUCCCAUUUUCUCAGACCAAUUGAAGGAAAAAUCUCCAAAAGCCAAACUCUCAACGAGCUGUUCAGAGAAUUGAAUACAAAUUUCCUGGAUUACAAUUAUUUUGUACAAGGACCCAAAUGUCUUAUAGCAAAUAUCGAGGAUAACGAAAGUAAUAUUUACAGGAAAGUCCAUAGAUCCAGUUUUUUUAAAAGCUGCUCAAACCAAAGUGAUCUUGUCUCGGUUAUCUAUGACAACUUUCUGAAACGAUAUAUCCUUCACAUAAACGACCCAAUUAUCCAUGAAUUAUUAAAUUCCAGCCAAAGGACAUACCAUUGUUUCUAUAGAAAUAUUAAAAAUGGAAAUGUGCCAGCAGAAAAUGAUGCACUUGGGAGAAUCCAAUUCUUUCAGGACUUUAUUAUUCCUUUGCAUGUGGAAUCACUUCUUAUAGAGUGCCAGACAUCGGAGAAACCUCUAAAGGUUCUGCAACGAGAUGUCUUCGUUUUGGUUCAGUAUCAACCAAUCCUAACGCCAACCGUGCCCUCAAAGAAGAUCAAGUCUAGUGUAAUAAUGUUUGGAAUUGAAUCGCUAUCCCGUCUUAAACUUAGGAGUAAUUUUCCCAUGGUUCAUGAAUAUUUGAAAGGAGAAGGAUGGUACGAAAUGCAAGGUUACAAUAGGAUUGGUAAUGAUUCGUUUGCAAACAUGUUCACCAUGUUGAGUGGCACGUCUAAAAAUACGGCCACACAAACAAAUUAUUGUAAGAAAAAAAUGAAGAACUGUCUAAAUUCACUACCAAUGAUUUGGAAGGAUUUUGACCAGGCCAACUACAUGACGGCCUAUGCCGAAGAGGGCUCUCAAGGAAAUACCUUUCCAGUUUUUUCCACUAAACCUACGGAUUACUAUUUUCGCCCUUUCAACUUAUUGGGUACCCAGAAUCUAGAAAAGAAUGCCAAUUGCCUGGGACGGAGAACAAAUCAUAGCUAUAUCUUCGAUUUUGGACGGCAGUAUAUGCAACGAUAUUUAAAAAUUAGACCCAUCUGGGGACUUUUCUGGGCAAAUUACGGAAGCCUUUCUAGCGAAUCAUUGCAACAGGAGAUUUUGAGAGAUCUUCUUGACUUGGAAUCUGAUGGAGUUUUCGAUCACACUAUUAUGAUAUUUUUUGGAGCAGAUCAUCAUAAAAAGGGUGAUUUUACGCGGAAAAUGGACAAGGCUUUUCUGGACUUUCAUCUACCCAUGAUGUUUAUAUAUUUGCCUCCCUGGUUUCGCAAAAAGUAUCCCAAACACACUCAGGCCCUGCAUCUAAAUCAGCAGAGACUGAGCUCUAAUUUUGAUAUAUACAAUACCCUAAUGCACAUUAUUCAAAUGGGAAAUGGAAGUUCUGGUUCAUACCAGACGUCGCGCGAUUGUCCAUUUUGUCAAUCAUUAUUCAUAAAUCUUCCUUGGGAUCGUGACUGUAAAAAAGCGGGAAUUCCAAAGGAAGACUGUGCCUGCCAAACCAAAAAAGAAAUUCAUGAGUAUGCCGUAAAUACAGCUCCUCCGAGAAUUAUAAAUCAAAUCAAUCAAUACCUGAGUAGAAAUGGUUUCAGCCAAUUGGAGGUUCGAACCAAAGACGCUCAGAACUUGCAUUUGGGAGAACUUUUAGUUGAAAGUAUAAAUAAUUAUUUAAAUGAACAUGAAUUGUUAAAAAAGUGUCAUAUUCUGCAACUUAACUCUUCCAAGAUAAUCCACCAACACAAAGAUUAUUUUACUCCUUUUAGAACAAACUCCUACCGUGUCAAAUUUUCUGUAAAUCCUCAAAACGUAAAAUUUUUAACCACUGUAAACUAUAACUCAGAUUUGGAAAAAUUGGAAGGCGUUAAUGUGGAGCAUUUUAGUCGGCUGGGUGACUAUACUGAAACAUCAAAAUGUAUAAUAUCUCUUAAGCUAAAAUCAUUUUGUAUUUGUAAAAGUCAACAGCCUAAAAAGUUAGAAAAUACGGGAAAAGAGCCUUUAAAAUUAGAACAAGUAACUACCAAUACCGAUGUGAAAAAGAAGUUGCAUAAAUCUUUUUAUGAUAAUGCAAAAAAAAAUGGACAAUUCAGAAUCCGUAAACACGGCAGGAUUGUUGUAGGGCACUGGGUAAAACGAAAAGUUUUUAAAAGAAAUUUGAAGAAACCAAACAAUUUAAAAAAAUAA